AUGGAGUCGUCGUUUGAUGAGGAAGAAAAGCGCUUCCUCUUGGGGGAAAUCAUCAAGGUUAGCGUCGAUGUGCCUGCGAUGAUAAACUUUAUCAAGCAUCAUAACAUCGAACAACCAGACUGGCACUCUAUUCAGAUUCCUCGAGGAAGGACCGUGAAUCAAUGCAUUCAGGCUUACAGCUCCAUGGUGAGCAGACCGUCGUUUCAGAGACCAAUACUGUCGCCGCAAAAACGGAACUCGGUCGAUGACUCGGAGGAUCAUUAUGCAAAGAGGCGGGCAGUUGGCCCUGCCGAGGAAAGGCCGCUAUAUUCGCCCAUGCGAUCAUACGGCCAUCAACCGUUUCCAACUCCAAUAGCACAGCCUGUGAACAUCCAGCCACGGCCCAACGGUCUUCCCUCGCCAGGCAUUCCUCCUCCUCUAACCUCAACGCUGAGCGCGGCUCCUACCGGUCGCAAACGGGGUCGUCCCAAGAAAGAUGAGAGUCGAGCCCGUCAAAACAUGCCGCAGCCCAACCAGCCGAUCGCGCCGGCACCAGCUGUUGCUCCGUCGCCGAGGACUGCCGUAUCUACUUCUCAGCCGCUCAGUCCCCUCAGUACCGGCUAUCACAAUUCGGGAUUGUACCGGUACUCGCCAGUUACCAGUCCAUAUGAUCCGGUAGCGGCAAGCAAGAGUGGGCAGCAUUCGUUAUCACAUCCCGAGAGUAGUGUGCCCCGAACUCUUCAUAUGACGUCCUCUUCAUCAGAUAUGGGUCCCCGGUUGGCAGGUGAUUACAGUUCCAGUUGGCAGGGUUCUGGCGCGUUAGGCAGGGAGCAACAGCAGCACCAACAGCAGCAUCAACAACAGCAAACCCCCACGUCUCUUCCUGCACCGAUGGAGCCUCCCGUAUCAUCAUCUCACUCCUCGUACCCUACUAAUCGAAGCCCACGUCUAUCAUCGGGAUUUGGAGGAGGAGGAGGAGGAGGAGAGGGGUGA